GCUAUCCUUUACAGCUGGAUUUGAAAACUUCGUUAUCCGGUUUUCAAGGUGUUAAGGCAGUUGAAGAAAUCUUAUUUCGCAGAAUAAUUGUGUUGUACGAGAUAUAUGUAACAUGGAUGAAUUUACUGUUCAAGCUAGAUCUGACAGUGAAACUUUUAAAAGUACAGAUCUCUCAAGUAGUGAUGAACGAGGUAAGAAGAAAGCCAAAGUUUUACGAAAACCUAAACGUCUCAGACGUAAGAAAAAAAACUUGGCUUCAAAGAAAUCGAAAUCGCCAAAGAUGGAUGAAGGAUGGAGUGUUGCUAUAAAGUCUUCCAGUCAAUCUUCCAGCCAAGGCAACAUUUUCUCUGAAGCUACAGAAGAGCCUUUUUCUUCUGAGAAAUCUGACACUUUGGUUAAUCCUCUAACUUCUGAUGAUGACACUGAUGAUUGUUCUUAUAAAAACACUCAAAUAGGAGAUAUUAUUAAAAGUGUUUCGAAAAAUACAAAGAAGGUUGAAAAUGAAUCAAAACUAAACUCUUCAGAAAGAGGAGAUACUCCAAUGCCUGAAGUCAUUAAAAGUGUAUCAAAACAUCUAAAUAAGGCUACAAGAGGAUCAAAACUUAACUCCUCAUUAGAAAGAGUACACAUUCAAAGCCCUGAUGAGCUUAUGAUGAUUGUCGAAAAUAAUGGACCUCGAUUAACAUUUCGAACAGAUACUCUCAAAAAGAAAAACAGGGAAUCUUCUACAACACCAAAAUUAAGUAGCACAUCAAAAGAUAAACAUAAAGGUGAUUUUACUUCUUCUAAUGGUAAAAAUCAUUCAUUGAAAAUUGAUGAGUCCUCGACCUCUUCAUCUGAACCAUUACAAGAUUCACAAAAUUCAAGUAAAAAGAAGCAAAAUGAAAGGGCUAAAUCUUUUAUUAAUAUAAAUCGUCAAAGUAGACUUCAAAAGCCAUCUCCGAUCCCAGAUAUGGCCCAAAACUCUUCAACAGAAGACGAAUGCGAUAAUGAAAAUUACGCCAUCGUCUCUAGUAACAUUAAAACUCAACAAAGUAAAAUUCAAAAUAAAUCUUUGAGUCAGCAUAAGUUGACGCCUAAGGAAAACGUUGAAUUUGAUAAUGAAGAAAUGGUUACCAAUAAGAGUUUGCGUAGACAAACUAGGAACAUGACUAACUCUACAAUUAAACAAAGGGAUAUGGAUAAAGAUUUAUUUGCUAAUAAAGCUACAAAUUUAGAUCAAAAUCAUUUGAAAGCUAGAAGUCCCAUAAAAUAUGUUUCAGAUAGAUUUGCUGAUUCAGAUAGUGAAUCUGAAAAUGAGGAUUCAAAUAGUGCUGUUGACAAAGAAACAAAUGAAACGUUUGAUAAAAAACAUGAUAACUCUGAAAGUGAUUCCGAUACAUCCGACAAUAGUAUUAUUGCAGACAAUAAAGUUUCUUCUGUAUUAGUUGAAGAUAACAAACAAUCAAUACAUACCAAACAAGAUAAAUCUCCAAUCUAUGAUAAAACAAAAAACUCUUCCAGAGAAAUGGAUAGGAAGUCUAAUAAAAUCACACAUUCUACAAACAACAUAAUCUCAGAAUGUAUUGCAAAUAAUUCUGACAACAUGGAUUCUAGUUCAUCUGACGAUAGUACCAUCAAGCAAAAACGUGAUGGCUCUGUAAUCCUUCUAAACUCAGAACUAUCAAUUAUUAGUUUAUCAGAUGAUAGCACUAAAGAUAUCACAUUAAAAAAUACCCCUAUUUUAAAGUUAAAACCUGGAUCCACUAGCACUGAAAUUAAGAAAGGAAGGCGCACAAAUUCGAUCGUUCAAAAUAACAGCAAAAUUCAAAAGCAAUCUGGGGAAAGUAUGCAUGAGAUAGACGAAAUAUCUGCACUUAAUGAAACAUUUACAAGUGAGAAUCCUAUUGCAGCUGCAUUAAAGGAAUUCAAAUUUGAAAAGAAUGAAAUAUGGACUGACCCUAAAAGCCAUACAUUUUGUGGUGCUGAUAUUGCACCGCCAGAAGAUGAAAAACGAGAAACCUACAAUUUAGAAAGUAGCGUUAUCGAUUUAGUUGCUUUAAAAAGUUUGGAAGAUAACGAACAAAGAAGUUUGAAAAGGUCAUCAAUCGGACAAAGAAUUGCGAAACGAAAUAAACAGGUACCAUUAGAAAAAUUAUCUACUACAUUGAAAGCUAAGGGAAAAUUAAAAGAUAAGAAAUCGCACAUUUCUAAACAAUUGGUGAAAGGUGUGUUAAACGAAAGUAAAAAAAAUGUUACAUUUAACGGAACUAUUUCAUCAAAAAUUAAGCCAACUAAAAUGCCGAACUUUUCGAAAAUUCAUCAACAACAGUUGGAUCGUAGCGAAAGUUUAGUGGAUUAUGUCCAACGAAAACAAGAAAGAUCGCAGCAUUUAUUAUCUACAGGAAAAUCACUUGGCGCAAGAAAAUCAGCUACUCCAAAACCUUCAACUGCUGCUGCUUGUAAACAACUUAGUUUUACGCCGCAAGCCGGGUGUAGUUACUGGAAUGAUUCAACUGUAAAAUCUGAAAAAACCAAAAUGAAUAAUAAAAAGUUGAUUCGAUCAGAUGCAUUUGAAUAUGAUACAGAUGAAAAAAAUCACCCACAAAAGAAACGUGUAACUUAUUCAUCGCCAUUUGAGGAAAAUGUAAAACCACCAAAAGUUUUUGCUAAAACACCAGGAAAGCCAAAGUAUAUUUCUGAAACGCCCAGUAUAGAUACACCAAAAACAGAAAAUAAACUUCCUUGUAAAUCACCAAGAGUUAAUAAAACACAAGGAAAAACAUUUAUGAAUCUGACUCCACAGAAAAAAUCCGCAGAUGGUGUGGUAGUAAAAAGUGAAAAAACACCAAAAAGAGUAUCUCCAAAAACGGUUAAAACACCAAAAAGAGUAUCUCCAAAAGCGGUUAAAACACCAAAAAGAGUAUCUCCAAAAGCGGUCAAAACACCAAAGAGAGUGUCUCCACAAGUAACUAAAACGCCUAAACGAGUGUCACCAAAAUCGGAAAAGAAAAUGGUGUUGGUUAAGUCACCAAAAAGUCCAAUUACUAAACUGGUACCAUUAAAACUAUUUCCAUCAACAUCAUCAUCAUCCCAAACCAAAACUAAUUGUUCUAAAAAAGUUCUUGUGAACGUCGUUGCCUCGAAAAAUUCAAAGAAUGUGCUAAAUAAACAGGUCCCAAAGAAAGUGAACCAAAUACCAAGACAAAUAAGAAAAGAAAAUGAUUUAAAUGUUAAUAAUGUUGGGCAACAGCCUUCCACAAGUUCAGCUAUGGGUGGAGUAGUAAAAGAGAAUAUGAAACAUCAAAAAACAGUGGGAGUUGUUAAUGAGGACACUACAAAAGCUUCUAAUUCCCCAAAGAAAAAGGUAAAAACACGAUUGGACAAGGAAGCGCUUAAAAUGGCUGCCAAUAAAAGUAGGGUUGUGCAGACUGAAGAUGUUGAACAAAAAAGAGAAGUAUUGAAAGGUAUGAGGAGCAACCGAAGGUUUGAUUUAUUAAUGAAGUUUAGAAAUAAAAAGUGAAAGAACAUUUUACAAUUAUUAAUGAUUAAUUUUAAUGCGUUCUGUUAUUACAUUUUUUUUAUAAGUUGUCUAAUUAUUCCCUUCAAUUUAUACUGUUCAAGGUUUUUAAUAAAAUCAUUAUGUAUUAUUUA